UUGUUCAUGAUCGAUAACUGCGCGGACGAUUGGCGGAUCGCGAUGACCUGGCAGAGGAUCGCGCAGAUUUCGAUCGAGUUGUUAAUCUGUGCGAUCCACCCGAUCCCAGGGGAGUACUACUUCCUGUGGACGACCAAGCUGGCGAACAAGGGCGGUGACUUCGGCUCGAAAUGGGUGCCGUACGACGUCACCCUGUCGUUGCCGAUGUUCUUCAGACUCUACCUCAUCUGUCGCGUUAUGCUGCUGCACUCGAAGCUGUUCACCGACGCGUCGUCCCGCAGCAUAGGGGCCUUGAAUCGUAUUAACUUCAACACCAGAUUCGUCCUGAAGACCCUGAUGACCAUCUGCCCGGGCACCGUGUUGCUAGUCUUCAUGGUCUCGUUAUGGAUCAUCGCCUCGUGGACGUUACGCCAGUGCGAAAGGUUUCACGACGAGGAGCACGCGAAUCUCCUUAAUGCUAUGUGGCUCAUUGCUAUCACGUUUCUGAGCGUCGGUUUCGGUGACAUCGUGCCCAACACGUACUGCGGUCGAGGUAUAGCCGUUUCCACUGGAAUAAUGGGCGCCGGAUGCACGGCUUUGCUGGUGGCGGUUGUUUCCAGGAAGCUCGAGCUCACCAGGGCGGAGAAGCAUGUUCAUAACUUUAUGAUGGAUACGCAAUUAACGAAAAGGUUGAAAAACGCCGCGGCGAACGUGUUACGCGAGACGUGGCUAAUUUACAAGCACACCAGGCUGGUGAAACGUGUCAAUCCAGGACGUGUUCGAACGCAUCAGCGGAAAUUUCUGUUGGCUAUAUACGCACUCAGGAAAGUCAAAAUGGAUCAGCGAAAAUUAAUGGACAAUGCCAAUACCAUCACGGAUAUGGCCAAGACGCAGAACACAGUGUACGAGAUCGUGUCAGACAUGAGCACGCGUCAGGAUGCGCUCGAGGAGCGUCUGGUGGGCCUGGAUGACCGGCUGAUCGGCCUAGAAGAGAAACUGACCGGCCUGCAGGCUCAACUAGAGCUUUUACCAGAGGAGCUGACCAGGUGUAUAGCUCAGCACGGUGAGCGUACAGAGCAGAGGAGGCACUUCCUUCAUCCGGACACCGCUGUAGCAAUGGCGCCUUCCGGUGGUGGUGGCGGCGGUGUACCAACUGGGAACAGCCCAACAAUGGGUAUCUCCGUGUCUGCUCAUCAUCCUCUGGCGAACCUGUCGAACUCGCUGCCACACUCAAGGAGCGUGCCUAGCGCGCCCAGCACCGCGUCCCUUCAUCCCUGGCCGGCUAGCACAAUCCUGCCGCCGGUCUCGAGCCGUACGCCUCACCUGGUGCCAGAAACCGGAAGGCACCAUAACCUGGCACAUUCCACGGUGGCCACGACCACCACGUCACAGUCAGCCACCAGGCUCACCUCGCAGUCCGGAAUGGGAGGACUGGGCAAUAGUCAGGGGUCCGACACGUCUCCACACAGCUGA